AUGCUAGCGCACACAGGUCUCUUGGUAUCCACCCAGCUCGUUCUCACUGGUUCAAAACGAGCAGCUUCGGUUCAGCGUCUGCAGCAGCCAUCUGUACUCAUGCCUGAGGUAGUCAUCGAUUGCACAAUCCGCUGCAUCACUGUCAUAAGCGGGCAGACCCGUGCCUGGCGAUGCCGCAAUACAAGCGAAAGGGGUACAGAUAUUGGCUGCCUUCUUCCUGCUGCCCACGCCAUUUGCAUCCACUCUGAGCUGCUGCCCACUCAGCUGGAGAACGCAGUAUCCGUAGGCACUUUGGACUGCGUUGGGUGCUGCCUUAUGCAGCUCUCGGAUGUCCACACGCCCCCUGGCGUCAUCGUCGACAGUUGGCUCUCUCUGGCUGGCCUGCCUUGGGACCGUCGCAUCCUCAGGAAGUUAGCAGAUAACGCAGGAGCAGCAGCAGAGCGGACAAGACCAAGUAUCUUUGCAGCCCAGUUUCACCUAGCAAGUACGAAGUGGUACUCCACCCCACUGUUGCCCCCGCUUUCUCUGCACUUUCCAUUUCUUCACAACUCUUUUGCUGAUGAAUUAUGUUUCUGCACCCCCUCUCUCUAUCCAGCCAUCCACACACCUCGCUCAUGCCCUCAAACUCUGAGCAGUGAGCACAAUUGUCGCCUUUGA